CCCAGCCUGGUGCGCAUGCUUUGGCAGACGUGGCACCGGGAACUGGGAGGCGGGGAGUGGUUGGGAAGUGGCGGUGGCUCUUGGCUCUUGGCGGCGGCGGAGCUAGCGGGCGGGCGUGGAAGCCAGAGUGGAGACAGGAGGCGGCGGCAGGUAGCGGCGGGGAUGGCACGGGCCAGGCCGGCGUGGGGGCUGCUGCUGGCGAUCUGGGUAGUCCUUCCUACGUGGCUAUCCUCCACAAAGGUCUCCUCGCUCAUUGAGAGGAUCUCUGACCCCAAGGACUUGAAAAAAAUUCUCAGGACCCGGAAUAACGUACUGGUGCUUUACUCCAAAUCUGAGGCAGCAGCUGAAAAUCAUCUCAGGUUAUUGUCCACUGUGGCCCAGGCAGUGAAAGGACAAGGCACCAUCUGCUGGGUGGACUGUGGUGACACAGAGAGCAGAAAAUUGUGCAAGAAGAUGAAAGUUGACCUCAGCCCGAAGGACAAAAAGGUUGAAUUAUUCCAUUACCAGGAUGGUGCAUUUCAUACUGAAUAUAACCGAGCUGUGACAUUUAAGUCCAUAGUGGCCUUUCUGAAGGAUCCAAAAGGGCCUCCACUGUGGGAGGAAGAUCCUGGAGCCAAAGAUGUUGUUCACAUUGAUAGUGAAAAGGACUUCAGACGACUCCUGAAGAAGGAAGAGAAGCCUCUGCUCAUGAUGUUUUAUGCCCCCUGGUGCAGCAUGUGCAAGAGGAUAAUGCCACAUUUCCAGAAGGCUGCGACCCAGCUGCGAGGCCACUUCGUGCUGGCCGGGAUGAACGUCUACCCCUCUGAGUUUGAAAACAUCAAGGAGGAGUACAACGUGCGUGGCUACCCCACCAUCUGCUAUUUUGAGAAAGGCCGUUUUCUGUUCCAGUAUGACAACUACGGGUCCACAGCCGAGGACAUCGUGCAGUGGCUGAAGAAUCCGCACCCGCCACAGCCCCAGGUCCCCGAGACUCCCUGGGCAGAUGAGGGCGGCUCCGUUUAUCACCUGACCGAUGAAGACUUUGACCAGUUUGUGAAGGAACACUCCUCUGUCCUCGUCAUGUUCCACGCCCCAUGGUGUGGACACUGUAAGAAGAUGAAGCCAGAGUUUGAGAGUGCAGCGGAAGUCCUCCAUGGAGAAGCAGAAAGCUCUGGUGUCCUUGCAGCUGUCGAUGCCACUGUCAACAAGGCCCUGGCAGAGAGAUUCCACAUCUCAGAGUUUCCCACGUUGAAGUAUUUUAAGAAUGGAGAGAAAUAUGCAGUGCCUGCGCUCAGAACAAAGAAGAAGUUUAUUGAGUGGAUGCAGAACCCCGAGGCCCCUCCACCCCCAGAGCCUACUUGGGAAGAGCAGCAGACAAGCGUGUUGCAUCUGGUGGGGGACAACUUCCGGGACACCCUGAAGAGGAAGAAACACACCUUGGUCAUGUUCUAUGCUCCGUGGUGCCCACACUGUAAGAAGGUCAUCCCAUACUUUACUGCCACUGCUGAUGCCUUCAAAGAUGACCGAAAGAACAGGACUGAGAGCCAGCUAUGGAUUGUGUGCAGAGAGUUUGCAAACUCCCUUCUAAAAAGUCUCACUGCGUGGGACGUUCCGUGGCUGAAGAGGCAGUAGGAAACGUGAGGUGAGGGAGGCAGGUGUGGCUUUCUGGUGGCUGGGGGGAAGGUCGCACCUCAUUCCCCUCUCUGUCUGUCAGUCCUGUAGUUGACAGAAGCCUGCUCACCUGGACACAAAGUAAGUGACCAGAAGACGUGGCCAUUGAUGGCCUGCAGAGCUCUCCUACCUAAAAAGGGGGCCCCAUCCUCAUGUGAGUAAUCAGCAGCCAAAGCACUAUGAAUCAUGGUUAGUCAGCAAUCUUAAGUAGACUCACUGAAUCACGGACAUCCUCAGAGUAUUCUCUGGGCUCCAGAAUGAUCUCAUUUGUUAUGUGGCAGAUGCUUAAUGACUGGCCUUUGUUAAGGUCACCCUUGUACUUGUUUCUUUGCAUUGCUAUGACCAAAAUACCAAAAAAGAACAACCUUAGAGAAGGAAAAGUUUAUCUGGGGUUCAUGGUUUCAAUGGUUUCGGUUCAUUGGUGGGUGAUUCCAUUGCUCUGAGCCCAAGGUGAGGUAGAACUUCGUGGCAGAAGGGUGUGGUAGAGGAAUAUUGGUCAAUUAUGGCUACCAGUGAAGCAGAGGGUUUCACCUCUGAAUAUUAACACCAGAGCUUGGGGGGACACCUCAUGUCCAAACCAUAACUCCUUGAAAAGUCUUGGCACAUACAGGUCUUUAAUACAAGUGGGCUGGUUAGAGGACCCCUCCCUUUGUCCUCAUUGAAUUUGCCUUUCCCACAAUACUUCUGUAUUGCAUAUUAUCAUUAAUUGGCCCUUUUUCUUUCUUUUCCCAUUUGUUACCUUCAACAGAAAAAAAAAAAAAAAUCCUCCAUUUCUGCUUUAUACUCUCUUAUUUUGAAAGAUCAACAAAAAAAAAAGAGAAAGCUAUCAGUGUGGAAUUUGUUAGAUAGGCAAGAAGAAGUCAGUGGCCAGUUUGAGAGCCUCUUUCUGAAUAAAGACUCGAUUGCCUUAGUCACCCUAAACUCCUUCCCAGCUUCUAGAAUACGCCCUCCUGGCUUUCUCCACCUCCAUCCUUCAGGCCUUGGCUCUCAUGGUGAAUGAUACAGAGUGCCUUUGGUCCACUGGCACCUGGGCCACCUGCAUAUCAUAGUUCAGAGUCACACCCUGUUGGGAUUGUCUGUUCAUCCGACUCCCUCUCCAGGUGCUGAGCCUCUGGGGACAGCCUCGGUAUGGGUCUGGAGGACUGAUUGCCGUGGCAACUGACACUCACCAUUGUGCUGGGCCAGUUCCCGUGCGCGUCGACCUCCUUUGAACUCUCUUACUUAGUCUUCUGGUAUCCCAAUAACUUAGGUUUUAUUACCCCAUUUUACAACUGAGGAAACUGAGGCCCCAAAGCUAGGUCAUUUUUUCUAAGUCUCUUUUUCCCCCAGUACUUGGAAUAUAGCACAGGGGUGCUGUACCACUCAGCUAUAGCCUUAGCCUUUCUUUUUUUUUUCUUUUUCUUUUUUUUAAAAUAGCACAUUAAAGUUAUACAUAGUAUCUAAAGUUCAUUCCAACAGAAUCAUACAUGCAUAGAAUCUGACCCACUCCGUUUCAGUCACUAUUCUUGCCCCCACCCUGCCCCAUCCCCCCAUCCAUUCCACUGAUCUUUCCCUUGCUCAUCCAUUAUCCUUCCUUGAUUGGUGCUUUCCAUACACACAGAUAGGCAUAUUUGUAUAUGCACCUAACAUGAUUUUGUUAAAUUCAUUCCACCUUUCCUCUCCUUGCCUAUCCCUCCUCCCUCCCUCUCAAUCUUCAUGUACUCUAUGAGUCUUUCCUAUACCUUCAUGACACAGUCUUGCUGAGUUACUGAGGCUAGACUCAAACUUGGAUCCUCCUGCCUCAGCCUCUUUGUUGGUUGGGAUUAUAAGUGUGCGCCAUAACACCGGGCUUUCUAAAUCUUAAUGUUCAAGCAACCCAAGAUUUGCACUUGGGAAAUGACUUCCAAGCUCUUGCUCUUCAUCUCUGUCCAGCACGCCGCAUGCUGAUCAUCAUUACUUCACC